AUGCACCAUCCAGAGGUGACGAUGAUGAUAGAUAUAGACGGACAGGAGCAUGUUUUGGAUCUGCGGCUCAAUACUGACCUCGUGGCCGGAGACCACGUCAUCAGCUAUCAAAAAGAUGGUGAGACGGUUCUUCAUAAACCUACGAAAGAGGAGCUAGAUAUCUGCCAGUACUCGGGAACGGUGAGAGACAGGAAGGGCUCGUGGGCGGCGCUGUCGACGUGUCACGGGGUUAGAGGCAUCAUACACGAUGGGAAGCAAAUGAGAUAUAUUGAACCGGCGGAAGAUAAUAAAAUAGAUGCAAAACAUUAUAUUUACGACCAUUCUGAUUUAAAUACCGACUUCCAUUGUGGGUACGUUGGGGGAGUCACAAAUAAUACAGCGUAUGACCCGGAUCUCAUGAAGAAAUAUAAAGCAGAGAAGAAUAGAGAAAAAAGUAGAAUAAGUCGGUACAAACGAGAUGCGUAUGACGAAACGGAAUUACGGGGUCCCUUCAAUGCGAACAAACUAUCUCGCUACGUAGAGUUAGUUCUUGUAGCGGAUAACCGCGAGUAUAGAACCAACGGGGAGAGCAUCGCGACUGUACACAGGCAACUCAAAGAUGUGGCGAAUAUCAUCAACUCGGUAUAUGCACCAUUGAAUAUUUUCAUAGCCCUCGUCGGUGUGGUUGUAUGGAGUGAAAGAGACGAAAUACAAUUAGAGGAGGACGGCGAUAAAACACUCACACAUUUCCUUCAUUACAGGCGGAAUAGACUUGUACAUGACAUUCCCAAUGACAAUGCACACUUGUUGACACGUCAAAAAUUUGACCAUGGCGUCGUAGGGAAAGCUCUCAAAGGACCAAUAUGUACGUAUCAGUUCUCUGGGGGAGUGGCGACCAACCAUUCAGAAGUCAUAGGGCUGGUGGCGACAACUAUAGCCCACGAAAUGGGUCACAAUUUCGGAAUGGAACACGACACAGAGGCAGACUGCCAAUGUCCAGAUGAAAAAUGUAUAAUGAGUCCUUCGAGUACUUCAGUAACUCCCACACAUUGGUCCUCUUGUAGCUUACGAUCGUUGGCUUUGUCUUUUGAAAAGGGAAUGGAUUAUUGUUUAAGAAACAAACCGAAGCGUCUAUUCAACUCGCCUACAUGUGGCAACGGGUUCAUCGAGCCCGGCGAGCAGUGCGACUGCGGCCUCAACGGCAGCCCGGCGUGCUUGGCGUGUUGUCAUCCCAAGGCGUGCGUGUUGCGGGCUAACGCCACGUGUGCUGUGGGGGAGUGCUGCGAUCCUCAGACAUGUCGUCCAAAAUCAGCGGGUACCGUCUGUCGGUCGGCCGAUAAGGAAUGCGAUUUGCCCGAAUAUUGUAGCGGCUAUUCCGAGUUUUGUCCAAAAGAUGUUUUCAAAAUGGACGCCACGCCGUGUGCUAAUAACGAGGCGUAUUGCGUGAAAGGCUCAUGUCGCACUCACACAGACCAAUGUCGACUCUUAUGGGGAUCGACAGGGGAAAUGUCAGAUAUAAGAUGCUACUUAUCCUCUAAUUUGAAAGGAGAUCCUAACGGUAAUUGUGGAUAUCAAAGAGGAGACCAGCCGUUAUUCUACAAAUGUGCAAAAGAAAACGCUCUAUGCGGACUGUUGCAAUGUAAGCAUUUGAAUGAACGCCUCGAGUUCGGGAUGGAAUCCGUGUCUACAUUGAAAGCUGUGUUUAUUAAUAAUAAUGGGACCAUAUUAACUUGUCGUACGGCGAUGAUAGACUUGGGUCUGUCUGAUGUGGACCCGGGCAUGGUGCCGGAUGGUGCCAAAUGUGGGGAGGAUAGGAUGUGCCUAAACCAAAAGUGUAUAUCAGUAGCGGCUCUACAGGAACAGAUCGCGAGACGCGACACGUCCGUCUGUCCCUCCAACUGCUCGGGACACGGUGUUUGUAAUUCUGAAGGUCAUUGUCACUGCGAGGCCGGCUUCGCGCCGCCGCUGUGCGCGCUGCCCGGCCCCGGGGGCUCCAUCGAUUCCGGUCCCGCCACGGACUCCAGUAUACAAAGGAAUUUCAUGGUGGCGAUGUAUGUCAUAUUCCUCGGCAUCCUACCGUCGAUACUUCUCAUCCUGUUCCUCAUGUACUAUUCGCGACACAACGUACUCGUGUGGUGGAAGAAACCAAGGAAAACGUCUCAAUCACCGAAAAAGAACAGCUUACAACGCCGUAUUUCAAAAAGUGCUAGCAAGUUUGCUGCUAAUUUCCAAAAUAACGCUCAAAACAAUCCACAACCAGUUAAUGUGCAUACUCUUAGUAAUCCCGAUGACAUGAGCUCAAGUCUGUUGAGAAGUGACUCUGAUCAUAGUCCAGCUGGGAAUAUAAAUCCUUCUGUCAACUUCUUCGGCAAUUUUAAAGGAUUUUCUCUCACACCAAUUGAUAAAAAUCAACCACAGACUACUAAAGAGGAUAAAAAAGAUGUGCCUAAAAGUGCCAAAAUUACUCCAGUACAUAGGAGCGGGAGUAAUAGCCAAAACAUUAGCCAAUCUUUGAAACCAGUUCUUAGAUCUGCUCCUCCAUUACCAGUCGUACCAAAUACAACGAAAUCAAGUCCAAAAUCUAGUCCGUCUAUUAAAAGGACGAAUAGCUCCGUCCAGAAUAGAAUAAAAGCAUUAAUGAGUUCUGAUAAAGCUGAAGAAACUCCUGCAGUCAAUCCUGCACCCAGACCGGUUAUUUCCAGUCCGAUUCUAGAAACUUCUACUUGCACUGCUAAAGAACUGAUUUCGCCUCUUCAAGGGUCGAAAACUAUGGGGCCCAUGCGAGCAGCACCAACGGUUCCAAAUUUCUCACCGGACUUACCAAAAAGACCUUUGAGUAUGCACUCAAGUAAUGCCCCACAAAAACCUCUACCCGAGGAACCCAAGAAAGUGAAAGAAGGAAUUUCAUUGAAUAGAAUAGCGUCGUUCUUGAAACAAGAGAAACCAAAAGAAAAAGAACGAAAUCCAGUCGAAAGAAGUCACUCUCUACCCAAAAACGCGAACAAUCAGAUAAAAGUUACCAAAGUUGAUAAAGUUGCGUUGAGAAACUUGCAAAUAUCCAAUCCUAUUUUACAAAAACAAAUAGAACUACCAGUUAAUACAGUCCCUGUGGUUUCCGAUUCUGAAGACGCUGACGAUCCAAAGGCUUUUGUGAACAGGGCUCAAAGCAUGCGAGCUGCCAUAGUGCAGAAACCAGCUAUACAAAGCUUUGGUUCCAUGAGACAAGCUCCGGGCACGCCUAGGCCUUUAUCUUGUGUAGGGAGACCCACAGCUCCCCCUCCUCCUCUUCCCAAUCAAACAAAACCUAACGAUGAACAAAUAUCGAUGUAUCAAACACCCAAAAUACAAGCUGAGAUAAAGUCUACUGAUUACGUAGAUUGUAUAGAAGAAAAACCGGUACCGCUAGCUCACAUAGAUGAGGAAUCGAGCGACAACAUUUAUGCAAUCAUCGAGGAAAGUCCAGAAAAACCUUACAAACCCCUUCCCGGACAUUUACCCCUAAAAACAGUUAAGACUCCCGCAGCAGAAUAUAACGUUCCUAAAUCAAUCCCAUCCAAUUCUGGAAGUACUGAAAGUAUGGGAUUACUUGGAGAAAUCGUAAAUGAAAUACAGCAUAGGCACUUUGAUUCUAUUUACUCUGCGUCCAGUUUCGCAAGAAAAAAAGAAAAUGAAAAGAAAGACAUGGACAGUAACAGAGAUAGCACUUACAUGAAUACAGAUUAUAAAAGGCCCGAUAGUGUAUAUGGAAAUUCGGAACCGAAAUCGUCGUCGUCGACCACUAGCAGCGGUUACUUACAUCCAUCUGCUGUGAAUAUACCUACGUAUAUGCAAAAACAAGAUGAAAGUAAAGAAAUUGAAAAGCCGCCAUCGCCUACCAUGAAAGUGAACUCGAAAAUACCUACUUUUAGUAGGCAAGUGACGCCUCCGGGUCUACGAACGUCAACGUUCAAAACAGUCCCGCAGUCACCCAAGACGGUAAACAAAAGUACAGUCAAAACGAUACCAAACAGCCCCGAUUUAGUUUCUAGUUGCGCAGUAGCAGAUUCUAAAAACGUUAAAGCCCCUGACGUUAUAAAUAAUAAUAAAACGGCAGAACCCCCAAAAAUUCCGUCGAAACCUACGAUCAAACAAGCGGAUAACCGACCGCCCUUACGACCCGCCCCCUCAGUAGAUAAAAAACCCGUAAAAAAUACACCAGUACUAAAACCUGUAAACUCUUCGUCGAAUAUCAAUAAAGACAAAAAUCCGCCAUUAAAUAGAAAUACGAAAACAGAUUCUAACGUUAAAGUAUUAGCGGACAGUUUAAAUAAGAAUAGACCAAAAGUGGUGCCAAAACCGAGCACGAUAUUGCAGAAGACUGACUCAACCACGAAACCGAAUUUUACAAAACUGUCAACGAAACCGUCGAAUGUUGCCAGUUUACAACAGAAAUUCGAAAAUAGAAAAUCAUUAGGGAAAGAAAUUGCUGCAAAAAAA